AUGGUACACCUUCGACUCAACCACCCCGAUACAUCUCGUAAUAGGUAUAUCAACUAUAUAACCGCUCUACCUCAGUAUGCGGACUGCGAGCAGGCACGACAUAGGCUGCUGCAGCUGGCAGCUCAAGUCCAGCCUGUCAUGAAGAAGCACGGCUUCCAGAUCAACUCUCUCGAAGAAUUCGAAUGGAACCGCGAGUUCGCUGGACGCAACUGGAACAAUGGCGAAACCGUUGAGCUCGUGCUCAGACGUCAAGACGGAAGCUUCGCACCUCUACAAUGGGUCUUGAUGGUGUUCUGCCACGAGCUGGCCCACAUCAAGUACAUGAAUCACAUCCCCUCACAGCACGGAAAGCUUGACACAGAGCUACGCAAUGAAUGCCGCGAGCUUCAAAGUCGGGGCUACUACGGCGAUGGAUUCUGGUCCGCGGGUCAACGUCUGGAGGACAAUGCUUUUGUCGCUGGCACUGGCAUGAACUCGCUGCAAGGUCUGCCAGAGUACUCUUGCGGCGGUGCCUUCCAGAGCAAGCCGAGCAAAAGCCGGUCGAGGAAACGACGUCGUACGGCUGCAAGCCCUUCUCGCAAGAGAGGCUUCCGAGGACCAAGUCUACACACUGGAGCUCAGACAGCGCCCAACACGAGGGGGGGCAGGCGUGUGCAGACCACGAUCCCAGGUCAAGGCUCAAGGCUCGAUGGCAACGAUCAUUUGCCGAAGGCUACAGCCUUCAACUCGUCCUACAAAGAAGACAGCAAUUCGACCUUCCGAAAGCGUACCCAGACAGCAACAGCUCGCGAACUCCGAGCUCAAGCGGCUAUACGGCGUCUCAACGCUGUCAAAGUUGAAGCAGUACAGAACGAAGCCGGCGAAGGACAGACUGCUUCUUGGCCGGAAGAAUGGGACGAUAGACAAGCGGGCUCUGGAAGUUCCACACCGACUUCCGAGGGUACAGAAAAGCUCAAAGAAGAGGACCUGAUGGAGUCGGAAAGCGAGGCGGAAGACGAAGAAGACAGCAAGGAUGGCGGAUUUGUCAUUCGACUCGAUGACUCGUCAGCAGACGAGGCCGAAAGGAAAGAGAGCUCAGGACUUUCACGGUCUACUAGCAACACAAAGCAUAACGAUUUCCUCAAGGUCAAAGAGAAAAAAGAUCCGCAAGAGCCAUCCACCAUCGCCAGUCGAGAAACUGAGCAGCAGCGACUUGACCGAUCACAGUUGUAUCGACAACACGAACUCAAGCAAGGCGGCAGGAUACACUCUACUAACGAAGAUUGGCAAGAUUUCUGCUCGAUUGCUACCCUCCCGGGCACCAGCUCAACAGCACAAGGCCCCAAACCUCCGGCAGGCAAGUCGGUGUACAGCUCGAGGACUGAGCCGAUCGAGGUACUCUCAUCUGAUGAAGAAGACACGCCAGCACGAGCGCCGCAACCGAAACCACCAUCACGGCCAUCGCCAUCUGCAUCUCCUGCACAGGAAUGGUCCUGUCAAGUGUGCACGCUCCGCAACCCUGCAAAUACAUUGCGUUGCGAUGCUUGUCUCACGACGAAGGGGUCGUCCGUAGUCGGUCAGUGA